GCGAAGCCCUUAACCCUAAAAUCCCUCCCAAUCUCUGCUGUGCAAAGGACCUUUUCUCGCCAAAUAGUAUCCCCUCAACGGCGAUAUGCCAAUCUGUGUGGCCGGUCAAUCGGUGGUGCUCGAUAAGGACGGCGAGUGGAAGGUGCUCGAUAAGGACGGCGGGUUGAAGGAGCUAGAGAUGGUACCCCAUGACCGCGAUACGUCAGUUUGGAAGCCAACGGUUAACAAGUCUAAAGAACCAAAGAGUGCAGAACAAAGAAGGUUUGAAGAACUUAUGGCUUAUUCUGCUAGCCGCGCAUCACCAAAUGUUGACUUUUUGAAGGAGCCGGACCCUCCUAUUCCUGCUGGUGAAUGUAGGUAUUGUUUAAAGGUGGAUGAUCACGUGACACAACUGUGCCCCUACAAGUAUGAUGUCCCAAAGAAUGCAAUUCUUGGCAAGGGUUGUACUGUUGUUUGUACUGUCUGCGGAUGUAGGUUUAGAGACUCAUGUUGUGCCAAAUGCGGCCGAACCCGUGGACGUGCAAUCCUCAUGGAUUGUAGAAUUUGUGGGAAGUCAUAUGACCACUGGUCUGAUACGUGCCCGAAACGCGAUUUGACUUCUCCUUUUACUUGCGACCCGUAUACUGGUUAUUUUUCUUUCAAGCCUUGUCCUCCAAAAGAGUAGAGAAUAGAGAAUUAAUUGUACUCUAGAGUUAAAGCAAAAGAGAAAGGAGUGCUUUCUUAUGUCGUUUGCCAAAAAUGGGGCAUGUUUUUGUUUAGCCAUGCAUCCUAUCAUUUAGAUGCCUACAUCUUGUAUUGUUUUCAUCGCAAAUGAAUUGCAAUUUGCAGCAA